UGUCAAUGAUCGCCCUGUGGGUGGGUCGAGAGGGAGUGAAAUGGCGACCCUGUCUGUUAGCGAGCCACAGGAGAUGGAAGUUGACAGGAGGGGCGAGUCUGAGGAGUCCGGCGAUGAUGAGACCAAGAGGAAGAGUCUUAAUGGAGAGGUUGAGAUUGAUGCCCAGCAGGCCUCCACAGUUCCAGAGGAGUCGCCUGUUGAUAUGGACACCAUAACACUUGACCCUAAUGAAGAGGAUGUGGAUCUGGUUCACUGUCGAAUUGGGAAGAUUGAGGGGCUUGAAGUUUUGCAGAAGGCUAAGACUCUUUCUCUCAGACAAAACCUGAUCAAAAAGAUCGAGAACUUGGAGAGCCUGGCCUCGCUGCGGGAGCUGGACCUCUACGACAACCAGAUCCGCAAACUGGAGAACCUGCAGGCCCUCACAGAGCUGGAGCAGCUAGACGUAUCAUUCAACCUCCUGAGGAAGAUCGAAGGUUUGGAACGACUAACGAAGCUUAAGAAGCUUUUCCUGCUGCACAACAAGAUAACCAACGUCGCUAACCUUGAACACCUCACUGGCCUUCACAUGCUGGAGCUGGGGUCCAAUCGCAUCAGGGUUAUCGAGAAUCUAGACACUCUUACCUCUCUGGAUAGCUUGUUUCUUGGCACUAAUAAAAUCAGUCAGCUACAGAAUCUCGAUGGGCUGCAUAACCUCACUGUCCUCAGUAUUCAGAGCAAUCGUAUCACAAAGCUAGAGGGCCUUCAGAACCUGGUUAACCUGCGGGAGCUCUACUUGAGUCACAACGGCAUCGAGGUUAUUGAAGGCCUGGAGAACAAUAAAAAGCUGACAACCCUGGACAUUGCAGCAAACAGGAUAAAGAAAAUUGAAAACAUAAGUCACCUAACAGACCUGCAGGAAUUCUGGAUGAACGACAACCAGAUAGAAAACUGGAGCGACCUGGACGAGCUGAAGAACGCCAAAGGUUUACAGACGGUGUAUCUGGAGCGAAACCCCCUGCAGAAGGACCCUCAGUACAGGCGCAAGAUCAUGCUGGCCUUGCCCAGCGUCCGGCAGAUCGACGCUACCUUCAUUCGCUUCUGACCCCAUGACCUCCGGCCCCACCCCCGCCUCCCAUAACCCUCCAAAUAGACCUCUGAGGCCGGGUCGUCAUUUCGUGGCUGGCCGUCGGCGUCCAUGCUAGCUUCAGGUCUCGAUGGGAAAAAUGAGUGGUGUUACUGUCGCACUCUGUGGUGAACGGAAAUCUUUCAAAGCCGAUGUGUUUUGACCUGUAUACAGUUCAGAUCCUCUGGAUUACGAGGUCAUUAAUUAAUCAGAAUGCUGAAGCUAACACUUCUGCACACUGAAUUGACAUCAUAAGACUGGAAGCAUCACCAGAACACCCCACACACCAGCGAGCUGUGGCAGGUUAAGGCUGCAGAGUGAGUAGCUGGUGUUAUAUAGCAGUGUUGAAGUUUAGUAUUAGUAGAUUAAAUGUGCAGUAGUGUUUGCUUAUAGCAUGUAUGUAUCAAUUUUAGCAUAUUGAGUGCUUAACAACCUGGAAAUUCAGAGAACGCAGUGACAUUUGAGGGGAAAAUGUACAUACGACAAAAUAGAUCAGCUUUUGGAACUGAAAAUAUCUUCUCAAGUAAAAUCAUCUUAAAUCUAGUCAACAUAACUAAUAUUUCUCAUAAGUUUCUGGUAAUAAUAUUCUAAAAUUACUGAAUGUAUUUCUGGACAUUUGUGCUUGGCUCAAAGGAUCCAUGUUCUGCAUUUUGUUAUGUAUUUUAUUUUUUUCCUGCUUGUGUGGUUUCCUGUACCGAUUCAUUUUUACAUGACCAUUUUUCUGCCUCCGUUUUUCCCUGGCUGCGCCUUUUAAGACUGAUAGGUAAAUGAGCUCUGCUCUGAUUGGCUGCCCUGAAGAGCUUUUCAGUCUGAAACACCCCUUAUAACUUCAGCGUGAGUGUGAGGGGCUAAACUGCUGUAGGCUGAAUAGGUGGAUAUAUCGCUGCUGUCGGAAGAAAACCUUGCAUUUCCAUUUUUGAUGUUGACAUAAUUUGAAAAUACCUGUUACUCUUUACAUUGUGUAUGAAUUUCACGAUGAGUGGAUGAAAAGAAACGGCCCAGAAUUACUUGGGAAAAAUUCUGUUUCCAUUGACUUACAUUAAAAGUAAAGUAGGUUUUUUCCUUCUCCUGUAAAGUUACCAUUUAGGAGGUUUUCUUCUGACAACAGCGAAAUGUAAAUGCUUUUUGUGACAUCACAAAAUUGGUAAAUUCAAACCAGGUUGUUUUUGCAGCUUAGUUUCCACAUUUGGACUGUAAAACUGGGGAGUAGAUGGUACACUUUGAAACCUUACGGGCCUUUAAGUCGUUUUACCGACACUCUUAAAGAUGGUUUUUCAAGGGUUCUUUAGUAGAGAACCAUGAACACUCAAAAAAACCUUUACAUGAUUGAAGGGUUGUGAAAGGGUUCUUCAGACUGAUGCAGAAU